UAGUUUUCCGGAAGUGUUUAGUGGAACAGGCCUUUGUAAGAAAGCGCGGAUCAAGCUGCAGCUUAAGGAAAAUUGCAGCCCAGUUUUCCGUCCAAGGCGACCGGUCUCUUACGCAAUGCAGCCUAUAGUUGAGGAAGAACUGGACCGGUUGGUAAAGAUGAAUGUCAUAACGCCUGUCGACUAUUCAGAUUGGGCGGCCCCGAUUGUAGUUGUACGCAAAAGCAGUGGCAAAAUUCGAAUAUGUGGAGACUAUUCGACCGGGUUAAACGAUGCGUUGCAACCGCAUGAAUACCCGCUGCCACUUCCAGAUGAUAUUUUUGCGAAGCUAGCACAUUGCGUAGUGUUUAGCAAGAUUGAUUUGUCGGAUGCAUUCUUGCAGGUCGAAAUUGAGGAGCGUUACAGACCCUUUUUGACGAUAAACACGCAUCGAGGUCUUUACUUGUACAAUCGUUUACCUCCCGGAAUAAAAAUAGCACCAGCCGCAUUUCAGCAAAUCAUGGAUGCGAUGCUUGCCGGGUUGCGCGACACGUCUGGUUAUAUGGACGAUGUUGUCAUCGGAGGCAAGACUGAAAAAGAUCACGAUGAUAACCUACGCAAGGUGCUUCAGCGUAUUAAAGAAUUUGGGUUUACCAUCAAGGCCGAGAAAUGUGCAUUCAAGAUGCAUCAAAUCGAGUACCUCGGACACAUCAUUGACCAUGCAGGUCUCCGGCCAAAUCCAAAGAAGAUCGAAGCCAUUGUAAAGCUACCUGCGCCGACUAAUGUGAAUGAAGUUCGCUCAUUUUUAGGCGCUAUCAACUACUACGGCAAAUUUGUUCCUAGGAUGCGGGAUUUGAGGUACCCCCUGGACAGAUUAUUAGUAAACGAAGGUCAAUUUGUUUGGACAGAGCAGUGCGAAAAAUCUUUUAACAAAUUCAAAGACAUACUAAAAUCGAACCUUCUGCUAACGCACUAUGACCCUAGAGCCGAAAUUGUAGUAGCAGCGGACGCCUCCUCCGUGGGACUUGGAGCCACCAUUAGCCAUAAAUUUGCGGAUGGAUCGAUAAAGGUGGUGCAGCACGCGUCCCGCGCCCUAACAAAAGCAGAAGAAUCUUACAGUCAAAUAGACCGCGAGGGACUGGCAAUCAUAUUUGCGGUAACACGGUUCCACAAAAUGCUGUUCGGCAGGCAUUUCCGCCUGCAAACCGACCAUAGGCCAUUGCUGCAGAUCUUUGGAUCAAAAAAGGGCAUUCCCGUAUAUACCGCUAAUCGAUUGCAACGGUUCGCGUUAACACUCCAGUUGUACGAUUUCGAGAUCGAGUACAUACCAACGGACAAAUUCGGGAAUGCAGAUCUAUUAUCGCGUCUCAUCAGCAAGCACGCAAAGCCGGAACCGGAGUACAUGAUCGCGAGUAUCCAGCUCGAAGAGGUUGUAAGUUCCGUAGCCAUACAAUCGCUAAAACAAUUCCCUAUCCGUUUUAGAGAAGUUGCAGCUGCUACGGAAAACGAUGCUUUACUGCGUGAAGUACGUCGGUACGUCCUGGCGGGUUGGCCUCGAAACACUACCUAUGGUGCGGAAUUGGCCCGCUUUUACAGCCGGAAGGAAGCACUUACGACCGUCGGUGGGUGCAUUCUUUUCGGAGAGAGGGUGGUGGUUCCUGCUGUUUUGCAGAAAAGAUGCUUGACCCAGCUGCAUCAAGGACAUCCAGGCAUCCAGCGGAUGAAAGGUAUCGCGCGCAGUUUCGUCUACUGGCCAUCAUUGGACAACGACAUCGCCGAUUGCGUCGCAACCUGUGAUGCGUGCCAAGCUGCAGCCAAAUCCCCUCGAUCGGAAGCACCAUCAUACUGGCCAAAACCAUCUGGUCCUUGGCACCGGGUCCAUAUCGACUACGCUGGCCCCGUGGAUGGUGACUACUUCCUGGUUGUAAUAGAUGCCUUCUCUAAGUGGCCCGAAAUAGUAAAAACGGCAAGUAUUACCUCAUCGUCUACGAUUUCAAUCUUGCGAGGAAUAUUUGCUAGGUUUGGACCGCCGGUCACUUUAAUCAGCGACAAUGGAACCCAGUUCACCAGUGAAGUUUUCAAGGAGUUCUGCGAACGUAACGGUAUCGAGCACAUCCGGACCCCGCCGUUUCAUCCCCAAUCGAACGGCCAAGCUGAGCGUUUCGUGGACACCUUUAAGCGAGCGUUGCGAAAAAUACGAGUGGGAACUGCAACGCUUCAAGAGUCUUUGGAUCUGUUUCUGCAAACGUACCGAUCCACGCCAAAUCCUGUGUUAGAUCAACGCACCCCCGCUGAGAUUAUGUUGGGAAGAAGAAGCAGAACGAUUCAUCAUCUAUUGCGGCCUCCAGCAGCAUCGGAGGCUACGACGUCGAACAACUUUCGUACAUGGCAGCCGGGUGACCUCAUUUAUGCGAAGAUGUUCCGGAUGAACUCUUGGAGCUGGGCUCCUGGGAGAAUCGUUCGCAGAGUAGGCCAUGUAAUCUACGAGAUAGUUACGUCGGACCAGCGAAGACAUCGACGGCACGUAAAUCAGCUCCGCCGUCGUAUUGCUGACCCAUCGGAUCAGGCUGAGCCGGAUCAACAGCAGCUGCCUCUUCAUGUCCUGUUGGAUGAAUGGGACUUGCCGCAUCAUUCGUCCCGUGAGUCAUCGUGCUCUUCGCCGCCAACCACAACGCAGCCAGCGGCGCCAGCAUCAUCGCCAGCAGCACCGGCACGGGCAGAGACGCAACAAACGCCAGCAUCAUCGCUAGCAGCACCGGCACGAAUAGAGGAGAAUACAACGAGAGCAUCAUCGCUAACAGCGCCAGCAGAGCAACAGGCGCCGCAAGCACUCGCGACCAUCGACAGCAACAUCCAUCAGCAGGCACGGCUACCACGACGUUCUUCUAGGCCUAGAAGAAUGCCUCGUAGGUUCGACACGUACCAGCUGACUUAAAAGGGGGAGGUGUUGUGUGCGGGUGUAUUAACCGUGGGCGCUAAGCGUAACGCCGUUACUCGGUCCUGUCACUGCGUGACAGGACACGAUGUAUCGCUUCGGCAGUUAUCGGCUUGCGCACCAUCGUGUAGGUCUCUUCAUCGCCGGCCGCCAAAUCGACAAGUCGUGGUUGUCCUGUAAUAUACGUUGUAAUAAAUGUGUUGAUAUAUAUUAUUCUAAUUUGUGACGUCAGUGUGUUUUUAAAUACUUUGACGAGAACACAA